UAGGCACGCACCCUUGCUCCGCAUUACACCUCCCUCGAACCUUAUUAGCAAGCUGACGUCCUUUCUUCAUCUCAGCCACUUGCUUUCAUUCUCAAAUGUUUUUCGAAUAACCGCCUCCAUCAUGAUGGACGAGGAAUGUCUUGUACUCACAUUUCUUAGCACACAAGAUUAAAUAUACAGAAAAUCGCUGAGAUGGCCCCUCAAACUCGCUCCCAUCGAGGGACACCCGCAUCAGUGCCGGCAUCUAGUUCCAGGACGUAUUCUCAUGGCCCACUUUCACCACAGCAGAAGCGGUUCCCUGCCCGACGUCGAGUCGUCAAGACGUAUGGCAAGGGAAAAGUGUCCGCUGCUGCUCAGUCAUUGAAGCAACAAACAAUGACUCAAAUGGCAUUUUUGGUUCCGUCGCAACCGGACGAGCUUAAAGAUGAGGACAUCGAAGAUGACGAGAAGUCUACACUGCCGCUUCAGGGCUCACACCGUCCCAGUAAGCGCAGGAAGACAACAGGCGAUGUCCCCAGCUCAUCGAAUUACAAAACGCAGACCCUCACUCAGCUUUACUCCACUGCUGGCAAUGAAGAAGAAAAGCCCCUAAUGAUUAGUGAUUCAGAGGAUGACAACGACGAUGUUCUGAGCACACAUAGUCCAGUCACCAUCCAAUCAACCCCAACCGCUCAUAGGCGACGCGAGUUGGUUGGAACACCAUCUGUUGCCCCUCAAACGCCAAGCAACAGAAAGAGUGGCUACAAAUCGAAUCUAAUGAUGCUGUCCCCCAGUGUGAGGAUGCUCAUCAGGAAUAGCAGCCCUGUCGGUCCUCGGAGAUCGCCCUUGAAGGACAAAUCAACCAACUCUGCCAUCCGGCCGUCUUCGCUGGCUACGUUGAAGAAGCGAAAAAAGGAAAGGGAGAUACCCGAUUCUUACAGCUCCGAUGCCUUGUCAUCCAUCGCACCAAGCGAGGCAUCUCCUACCAAGAGGCGAAGCCCGUUGAAGGAGAUUGAUCUACCACCUCCUCCUCCACGCUCACAGAAUUCGCUCCGUCGGACCGCCAACUCAUUGCAUGGGAUUGGUCAUCUUUCCUCCACGCCUGGGCCGAAUGUGACGAGCAGGGCUCCUCGUCCCACAAACGACGAGAUCCCCGAUUCCGACGAUGAUCUGUUGAGCGUGGCUUCAACCCCCAGAAGGGGCGACAACUCGAGUUUGGAACCAGAGACACCCAUACGAUCAUCGCGCGCUCUGUUCCAACGACUUAUCGAAAACAAGGAAAAUGCUAGCCCCGGGCCCUACGUUGGGCCUACUACUUCUAACCCUGCACCACAAAGGGGACAACCAGUGGAAGAAACGCCCAGGGAAUCCAGGCCCAGUGUUGACGUAAGCGAAGAGACAGUUCGUGUUCCGGGCCGGCCCGGUUCGCAACAAACAAGUCACAUGGCAGACACUGUUCUUUCGGAUGCUGAGAUUGGUGAUUCGGAUUUGGAUUCAGAUUCGGGGCCUGACAGCCCUUGCCCACCAUCAAGGCCAUUACCGACCCAGGAAAGCAUGCCGGGGGUAGCUCUAGGAACAAGUCCUGCCAGGCCACAAUCGCAAGGCUCCAAACGCGGCGUGUUCAACGAUGUUGUCAUCGCUUCUAGUUCUGAGAUAUCGUCUUCUGCUACCAAACCCAGAGCACACCCCGCCGAAAUACCCACCAGUGAUGGUCCUGAAGUAACGCCACUCUCGUCACCAGAGGACAGACAUGCAACUUUGAUAUCUGUCCAAGCACAUGCCAACAAAUCAAAGGAACCUGACUUACCAACGAUCCCGGAAAAGAUGACACCUCGCCGUCGCAGCCCAGUAAAAGCAAGGAAUACACAGAGAUAUACCCAGGCACACACCCAGGCCUACACGCAGAUGCUUGAAAGCCAGAGAGUGCCCAUGGAAAUUCUUCGACAAAUGGCACCGCAAACCGCACGAUCGGAUAUAGUUGUCACCAUGCACCCGUCCAAGGUGAAGGAAAUUGUCGACGGUAUCAGGAAUCACGAUUUCAGGACUGUUAAAUUGCCGCGCUCCGUCCAUCGUCUAUGGAUCUACGUUGCUCGCCCGGUCUGUGAACUACGUUAUAUGGCCACUAUUGGUGAACCACAUGAGCCAGGCGAGAUCGACAGCAAUACAGGACUGGGAAACGCUGAGUUCAACGAAGGCAAGACCAGCGCGAGAUGGGCCUACGAGCUCGAACAGGUCUAUGUGCUCAACAACCCCGUGUCAUUGGAGCGCAUGAAGGAGAACGGCUGGACAGACAACAAUGUUAGUCAACGUAACAAAUAUCUUCAGCCAGCGGUUGUAGGCCAGUUACUGUCGAACCUGCAAUGCGCUUUGUUUGAUGAGGGACUUGCAGAGCCGGCAACUAUAUCUCAGGAAAUCGAUGCUCAAAUUCUCAGUGAUAUUGCGCACUCAACACAAAUAGCAGCAACAAAUUCUCUAGCUGCCGAGGAGGAAGUUGUCAAGUCGAGUCAGCAGGAGCUUCCAGCUGCUAUAGCCCCUUCAUCCUCACAAACGAGACGGAGCACGCGGUUAGCGAUGCCGCCCCCUUCAAGUGUCAAGCGUAUAACCUUGCCGCGAAAUCUGUCUCAUCAAAGCAGCCCUAGUCAGUGGGCGGCACACUCGAGGCAGACGCGGAGCAAAAAGAAUGUCUCCUUUUCCCAGGCAACUACUGCCAGCCAACCAUCUACCCAGCUGCCAAUCACUCAGAUGCAAUCACCUGAGAAGCCGGCACCCACCUUAAUCCGGUCAUCGAGCAGCGUCGGCGUGCUUCCAGCCAACCAGGCUGACAGCAUGCCUGCUACAGGUUUAACAAUGGGCAAUGCAACAGGGUCUUCGUCACAAAUUUUCCCUGAGAGCUUACUGCGGGAUGACAUUCGUCAACCUGCCAUGAUAUUGGAUUCGGAAGAUGAGAGUGAGAUUGAAGAUGAAGAUUUUUUCUAGGAAUAUUGUAAUGACGGCCCGGAUUAGGCGCGUCCAGCUACUUGUUUGGUUUAUGGUUCAGGCGCAUGGAUAUGGAUAGGCGCUGUUUCAACGGUAUUACGUUUGACGAAUGCAUGCACUUUAGCAAAAUGGAUUUAUUCAAGUGGUUAACAACUUCUAACCCAACUAGGCUAAAAGCCCAUGUACACAAACUAAAGCACGAUGUGCGCAUGCAAGUUUGUCCCUGUACCUACCUACACGUUGGAAUAUUUGAUGGUGCAGCUCCAGAUCAGAUGACAGUUCUUUUUAAUAAGAUGGAUAAUGCAAGUACUGUAGAAAUCUCG